AGUGUAUUACCAGUAUCUUACUACUGUCCUAGAUUAAUGGGAGCUUCUGAAGAAGAGCUCCGCCGACGUCAUCCUUCAGGGAAUUCGAAGGCGAGUAGCAAUGAAAGCUUCUCAUCAACGGGAUCGCACAGAAAGUUGUCGUUUGCGCAGAUAAGAGAAAAUGACGCAAACAAAGGACCAUGUGAAAAGAUUGUUCAUCGACCACAGGACUCGCUGUUUAGCACUAGCUCAGGCUGGACAAAUUAUAGAGGUUUCUUCAAUCUAGCCAUGUUGCUUCUUGUAGUUUCUAAUGGACGUGUAGCUCUUGAAAACCUCAUUAAGUAUGGUAUCCUGAUCUCUCCACUUAAAUGGCUGUCUUAUUUGACAGUGGAGGCAUCGUUCCAAAGCUCUCCAAAUGUGCUAAUGGUGCUGCUUUCCAACGUGACCAUUCUUACCGUAUUCUUCACCGAGAAGCUGCUUGAAAAAGGAUAUCUGAACAAUUACUUUGCUGGCGUCUUUUAUCCCAUAGUCAUUUAUGUGCAUUUGGCUUGUCCUGCGGCUUAUACUCUAUUCGCGAAGGAUGGAAACCCACUGAGUGCUGUACUCGCACUUUCUGUUAUUGUGAUUGAAUCGCUCAAAAUUGUCUCAUAUGUGCAUGUGAAUUAUUGGUGCAGAUGUGCGCGAGAGGAAAAAUCAGCUGCCAAGAAGACUGAUGUGGCAACCGCGGAGUUGGGUGGACCUGAAAUGGCAUCACUCUAUCCAAGUACAUUGACACUAAGCAAUCUCUACUACUUCAUGUGUGCGCCCACACUUUGUUAUGAGCUCAAGUUUCCCAAAUCUCGUCGACGUCGAAAGUCUUUUCUCAUCAAGAGAUUUGUUGAGUUUGUUUUUCUGAGUUUUCUGAUUGCUUCUUUGAUACAACAAUGGAUGGUGCCCACCGUACAUAACACUAUCAAACCUCUGAGUGAAAUGGAGUAUAGCCGAUGCCUUGAGCGAUUGCUGAAACUUGCCAUACCCAAUAUGAUCAUUUGGCUGAUUGGUUUCUACACCAUUUUCCAUUCCCUGCUCAACUUUGUUGCCGAAGUGCUGAAAUUUGCUGACAGAGAAUUCUAUCGUGAUUUUUGGAACUCCGAAACCAUUCAGUAUUUCUGGCGCACGUGGAACAUACCAGUGCAUCGAUGGGCAGCUCGUCAUGUAUACAUGCCAAUGAUGCGCAAUAAUUAUCACAAGUUCAGCGCCACUGUUGCUGUGUUCUUCAUCUCGGCAUUUUUCCAUGAGUAUCUUGUAUCUGUGCCGAUGCACAUGUUCCGCCUGUGGGCGUACUAUGGUAUGAUGUCUCAAAUACCUCUUUCGCUGAUUACGGAUCAUGUGAUCAAAGGAGGACGUGCAGGAAACAUCAUCGUCUGGCUUUCCUUGAUCCUUGGCCAGCCACUCGCGAUUCUAAUGUACAUGCACGAUUGGUAUGUUAUGCAUCAGAUAAGCGCAGAGAAGUAUCACCCCAAAGAAUAGGUUCUACCCGAAUCGGUUACUUCUGCGUGAACUUUGUUUUUGUGUGUAUAGAAUUCUUUUGUCUUUAAUCAGAUGUUUGCUAGAGUUUUAUUUUCUUUACAAUAGAGUUAUCUCUUAUUUACCCUCAUUUUUCUGCCUUACCUCAUUUGAGAUCGCGGCUAUGCCAUAUACCUGGUUUUACAAUUGUGGCGCUCAAACAUAUUCUAUAGCACUAGUCUCAUCUUCUCUGUUUGUUUUGUUUGUUCUUAUUUUUUGGUAGAUGGAUUUCAAUUCGUUUUGUGCGAUCUUGCGCAGCGUUAUCGC